AUGCCCAAUGAGCUACUAGUUCAGGUCGUACCCAAGGUGGCCACCAUAGACAGCUGCAAGCAGUCACUUGCAGAACGCAUAAAAGCAGCCAAGCGUGCGGCCACUGCCGAGGAAGUCACCGACGACGAUUCGGACAGCGAAACUGCCCAAACUUCGAAAGGCGUCCACUAUACACUACGGCCGCGGCCGGAAACUCCUGUCCUGGAGGCGCCAGUGCCUCUUCCUUUGGGCCCCAAGGACGCUGGAACAUACCUCUUAAGGUACCUCACCGGCUUACUCAACAGCAAGGCGACCGUGGACAAUCCGGCUGGAGAGCGAUAUAUCGUCGACGUGUUUGGGAGCGUCGCCUGGGGUGGAGGCACCGGGAAGAGCGGUGACGUCGACUUGGUGAUCAUUGACAAGGACUAUCCUCUUGGUUAUGAGCCUCACCUGUGGAGAACUUCCCCACUCCAACGGGUUACUGCCAACAGCUCCCGAGACCGAAGGACCAAAAACAAAAAUGUGUCCAAGAUUUACAACGUUCAUGUACUGAAGCAAUACCUGGAUGACGUCUCCGGCUUCGAUAGCACGAAAGCCGUUCCAGCCUACACACCAAUUGUCAAGUUCGAUGCUCCAGGCCUUGGGCUCCAGUUCGACAUCUGCACAAACGACCUCGGAGGUUGGUACAACUCAUGUCUCAUUCUGGCAUAUUGCGAGCUUUCACCGUUCGUUCUUCGCCCCAUGAUUCACGUCCUCAAACUGUGGCUGGAGUCGCACAACCUCAACGACCCAUCUGGUGUCAAGGGGCUCCGGACCAUGUCCUCGUAUUGCAUCACUCUGAUGGCAAUUGCAUAUCUUCAACACAUUGCGGUACUUCCCAAUCUCCAGUCCGCUGUCGAGGUGCCUGCCUCCGCAGACCCCGGAAACACAGGCUUGGAGAACACGGUCUGGGUGUCAUGGGGAAAGAGGCAAGGCGACAUUGCGCACAUCUGGUUCGAGCGCCAUCCUCCAGCUGGCUGGGUAUCCGCUAAGCCCAGAGUUACAGCUUCCGAGGCAGUACGGGGCUUCUUCCAGUUCUUCUCCAGGUCGGCCUCAGAGUCUUUCGACCCCAACACCCAGCUCAUCUCACUCCUCAACGGUGGCAUCAUCUCACGGAGGUACCCUCAAGCCCCAGGGAGGGAGCACUGGGUCAAGUUGGGACGUCGGUUUCCCGGAAACGACCACGUCGGAAAGUGCGACAGCUACCAGUGCACCGAUUGGGACGACCAGCUUCUGAUCGUGCAGGACCCGUUCCUGUGGCAAAAGAACUGUGCCAAGACCCUGUUCAUCGACAAGCAGGAGGGUCGAUUUUUCAAGCAUAUCGCUACCACCCACAGGUUCCUCAAGGCCAAUCCCAUGGCGACGCUCCCACAGCUUCUGAGUAUAUAA